UUUGAUCAUACAAACGGAUUUGAUGAUGAAUAGAUUUCUUCCCUCUUUUAGAGUUCUUUGCUUGUUGAUUCUAAUAUUGUUGAUGAAUGAACACAAGCUAAGCAGGAGAAUCAAAGCUUCAACACAAGGCGACUGUUGACCCACUGCCCACCUACAAGUAGAUGCUGCCUCAGCUCCUCCAAUACACCGAACGACAAUUGGAGAUGGAGAAGCAGCCACAGGUAGCCUUUGGAUGGGCCGCCAGGGACGCAUCCAGAGUCCUCGCUCCCUUCUCUUUCUCGAGAAGGGCCACAGGGGAUGAUGAUGUUACCUUAAAGAUCUUGUAUUGUGGAAUAUGCCAUACAGACCUUCACACUAUCGAGAAUGACUGGGGAAAUGCCAUGUACCCCGUGGUCCCAGGACAUGAGAUCGUGGGAACUGUCAUUGAUGUUGGGCGCAAUGUCCAGAAGUUCAAAGUUGGUGAUAAAGUUGGUGUUGGCUACAUGGUCGGCUCUUGUGGUUCUUGUGAAAGUUGCAGUGAGGAAUAUGAAAACCAUUGCUUCAAAAUGAUAACAACAUCCAAUGGUGUCUACCAUGAUGGGGCAACAACCUAUGGAGGAUUCUCAGAUAUGAUAGUUGUCAAUGAGCAUUUUGCAGUACAUAUUCCUGAUAACCUGCCCCUGGAAAAAACUGCACCAUUGUUGUGUGCCGGAGUUACAGUAUAUAGCCCAAUGAAACACUUUGGUCUCAAUGAGCCUGGAAAGCACUUAGGAGUCGUAGGGCUUGGUGGGCUUGGCCAUGUCGCUGUGAAGUUUGGCAAGGCUUAUGGUAUGAAAGUUACGGUGAUUAGCACAUCGCGGAACAAGGAACAGGAAGCAAUCCAGCACUUAGGAGCUGACUCAUUUUUGGUGAGCAGUGAUCCUGACCAAAUGAAGGCUGCCACUGGCACUAUGGACGGCAUCAUUGAUACAGUCUCUGCCUUUCAUCCAAUUGCACCCUUGCUCUUCCUGUUGAAGGCUCGUGGAAGGAUGAUCCUGGUGGGAGCACCAAACAAGCCACUGGAGCUACCAUCCUUCUGCUUAAUCCAGGGAGGGAGGAUGUUGGCUGGAGGUAGUGUUGGUGGAAUGAAGGAUACCCAAGAAAUGAUAGAUUUUGCCGGGAAGCACAACAUAACUGCAGAAGUUGAGGUUGUCGGAAUGGACUAUGUCAACACUGCCAUGGUGAGACUUGCCAAGGGUGAUGUCAGAUAUCGAUUCGUCAUUGAUGUAGCAAACACUCUCACUACUGCCUAGAACUCUUAAGCAUCUUCAUGACUAGAUAUGUUAUUGAAUAUGAGUGCUGCUGCUUGUUCUUGUGUAUUGUUUAAGGUUCUUAGAAUAACAAUUUGAAUCUUCAAACUGAAAGCACUCUUCCCAUGCUUUUGGGAUAAAUGUUUGUAUUUGUUAAUUUGGAUACUGUGUGUUGUCUUUGUUCUUAAUAUGAACUGAAAACUUGCCUGCUGCUAUAUA